CACCGGCCCAAAUGAGUCCUUGAACUCCAGCCACACGUUUAGAGUCAAACUGGUGGUGCCAGGCUGCUUGCUAGCUCCUCCCUCAUUCUCCAUUCUUCAAUAAUGGCCUAUGCUCUCUACUCAGCUCCUUUAAGUUCCUUCAAGGCCACACCAGCACCAGGUAUUCAUAGCAGUAACCAGAAGCUCAGUCAUAUAAACUACUUCGUAAAUAGUUCUCCAGCUGCUAAAGUCUUCCAUGUGAAGGCUAAGGCUGCCAAAAGUGAUGAAAGCACAAAGCGAAACAGCAUGGUUUGUUCUGAUUGUGAGGGAAAUGGUGCAGUUCUCUGCUCUCAAUGCAAAGGCAGUGGAGUAAACUCCGAUGAUCUGUUUAGUGGACAGUUUAAAGCUGGGGAUUCAUGCUGGCUUUGCGGUGGCAGAAAGGAGAUGUUGUGCGGAAAUUGCAAUGGAGCCGGCUUUCUUGGAGGUUUCAUGAGCACUUCUGAUACUACGUCUGAAUGAGGAAGCUGGUCUCUGUCAGGGGCAGAGCUCUUCUAUAGCUUGGACUAAUUGUAUGGUUAUGUACAUUGAAAUAUGUAUCGUGUUCUAGUCUUCUUUAUAUUGAUUCCCUUGCAAUAUAUAUGCCGAUGAUCUUGUAGGCUACAGUGGUUGCUAUGAGAGGAAAUUUAAUUAAUUGGAAUUCGAUCA